AGGUGGACGGAACUGAGGAGCAUCUACACCAACCAAUCAGAACCUGGGAAACACGUAAUGAAAUUAGUCUCCUUUUAGCUCUUCCUAUUAAUGUUUGGUAUAUAAACGCUUGUGUCCUUCAAAUUCCAGAGAUCACAGUGAGAGUGAUGGCAAAGACUCAGGCUGUAUUGCUUCUUAUAGCAACGAUAUUUCUGUUGUCAUCAUUGAUACCCGUCUCUUAUUGCGCAAAGAAACCGGUUGCAGUGGCCAGAAAAGAAGACAUACCCUUCAUCAAAUGCCAAGUAUGUGAAAAACUGGCAUACCAGUUGUACCAGCAAGUACAAAAGAAGCAGGCCCAGAUCUCUCCCAAGAAGGUUUCGGAGUUUCAAAUAAUUGAGAUUACGGAGAAUGUUUGUAAUUUGAAGAAGGAGGAAGCUGAUUGGAUUUUGCGGAUUGAUAUUGUCGAAAAGGGAAGUAAGUUGGAGCUGGUUGAUCAGGAUGCUGAGGGGCAAUGCAACUCAGAAUGCAAAACAAUCGAGAAGGCUUGUCAGGAGGUCAUGGGGUAUUCUGAUACUGACGUUGCUGAAUAUGUCUACACAUCCAAGCCUGACAUUGAAUCAUUAGUGAAUUUUCUAUGUAAAGACCUUACUAAAGCAUGCAGCAGAAAGCCACCGCCAGUUCCCAAGGAUAGGAUACCAGGAGAACCUUUUGUGCCGAAACCUGCUAAAGAGGCUGAAAUGGAAAGGAUUAUGAAGUCCAUGGAGGGCAUGCCAGGAGCACCUGGAAUGAAAAUGUACUCAAGAGAAGAUUUGAUGAACAUGAAUAAUUUUGGCAAUGAAGAUGCCGAUGAUGAUGAAGAUGAAGAUGAUGAUGGCUUCCCCUCAAAUUUGGGCAAAGUUUUGAGAGAGAAAGGAAGUAAAAACAUCGGCUGGAAAGAAAGGAUCAGCAAUGGAAUAAAAAACACUAGGGAGGUACUAAAGAGGCAUGCCAACAAGUACUCGAACCAGAUUCGACAGUGGUGGAGAAGAACCAAAGCGGAGAAAUCAAAAGGUGGCAAGGCUGAAUUAUAGGAAAGCCAAGAAUUGGCUUUUCUGGGUAAUUUCAUUUUGGGUGUAUUAUUAUGGUUUUUCUUUAGUUUAGAGAAAAGUUUUGACUGUUGACAACUUUGUUAAUUUCAUGAUAAUACUGUAAGUUGUUUUCCUCAAUUCUACCAUGUUUGCCUUCUUUUCUUAAAUAUUAAUUGGCCAAAAGACUUAUUUCA